AUGGAAGACGAAGACUACACCAUGGGAGAUGACUCAAUCAUCGUCUCAACAGAGCCCAACGGUGAUCACGCACCGAAUACCGUUGUUCCAUCGGAUAUUUUUGGCAAUAGCAAAGGACUAAUGUUUACCAAACACGAGCAGCUGCCAUUUCAUAGCCCAUCAAAGGCGCCUUCCUUACUGCAACCCAGUGCCCAAAAAAGUAGUCCUGGACCUCAUCGAACUACCAAGUCGCCCAGUGCAUGGUCCGAUAAGAUGAGCAUGUCGCGGCCAACACCGGUUCGACGCACGAGCCCGCAAGUUCGUAUACCUCCAAAGCCAACCUCGUCUGCGCUUGCGUAUGCGACAUCAAAGACAGGUCUGGUGUAUGACCCUCGUAUGCGGUUUCACGCAGAACUCCCAGACAUGAACAUCAAUCCCGACGACAUCCAUCCUGAGGAUCCUAGGCGCAUCCACUCAAUCUUCAAGGAAAUCAAAGAAGCUGGUCUUGUCGCAUCCAGCACUUCUGAGGAAGAUCAACAAGACCAUUGCUGGAGGAUUGCGACACGAUAUGCCACAAAGCCCGAGAUAUUGCUCAUACACACCGAAGAGCACUAUGAUUUUUUAAAGGAGCAGGCAGAAGGGCUUGACUCGAUUUACUUCAAUCACUCCACGUUUGAGUGCGCAAAGCUUGCAGCUGGCGGCGCCAUUGAAGCCUGCAAAGCGGUAGUACAGGGUCAUGUGCGGAACGCAAUUGCCAUCAUCCGUCCCCCGGGGCAUCAUGCGGAGACCGACUCGCCAUCGGGCUUUUGCAUAUUCAACAAUGUUCCAAUAGCCACUCGCGUAUGCCAGAAAGCUUACCCAGAGACCUGUCGCAAGGUCCUGAUUCUCGACUGGGAUGUGCAUCAUGGAAACGGUAUCCAGCACGCCUUCUACAACGAUCCCAACGUGCUCUAUAUCUCAUUACAUGUGUUCAAGGGUGGAAACUUUUACCCAAACUUACCCGAUGGGGAUCUCAAUUACUGCGGCGAAGGCCCAGGAGAAGGGAAGAACGUAAACAUUCCAUGGGCUGACCACGGCAUGGGUGACGCGGAAUAUCUUUAUGCUUUCCAAGAGGUUGUCAUGCCUAUCGCUACCGAGUUCGAUCCAGAUCUUGUAAUUAUAUCGGCUGGUUUCGAUGCGGCCGAGGGGGACUUGUUAGGCGGAUGUUUCGUCACGCCUGCAUGCUACGGGCACAUGACACAUAUGCUUAUGCGGUUAGCAAAAGGAAAGCUUGUGGUGUGUCUCGAAGGCGGGUAUAAUCUACGGUCUAUCGCACGUUCAGCACUAGCAGUAACCAGAGUACUUAUGCUGGAGCCCCCGGAUCGCUUACAUAUUGAUCUGCCAGGCCCAAAGGACAGCGCAGUCCAUACCGUCGAGAACGUGAAACGAGAACACUCUAGAUACUGGAAAUCCCUCUACCCGAAACAUCUGGACAAGGCGGAUCCUGGCUACAAGGACACAUGUCGAUUGCACGAGAUCAUCCGGGAGUGGCAGAGUCAACGCUUGGCUUCAGAACACUCCAUGGUCCCGCUUCCUCCACUUUAUAUCAACAAGGCGGGCUUGACGCAAACUUUUUCGCAUAACAUUAUCGCUACGUUCAUGGACCGUUAUCCUCUCCUCGUAAUAUUCCAUGAUCCACCGGGAUUCCAGGACUAUCCCGAUCCCGUGACUGGAAAGAACGAGUUACAUAACACCUGGCUCACUGAUGUCACCAAGAGGUACAUUGACUGGGCCAUAACGAACGACUUUCAAGUAAUCGAUGUCAACAUCCCCAGAAUCGUAACAGUCGAAGAUGCGAACGAUGGCUUUGUGAGAGCUGAUGAUUCUACCGUUCGCGCACGACAAACUCGUGAACUGGCUACGUAUUUGUGGGAAAACUACAUUGAGCCGAAUGAAGCGAGCCAAGUCUUUUUCAUGGGAAUUGGAGAUGCAUAUCUGGGUCUCGUAGAUCUUCUAAGUCAUAAUGGGAGCAGAGUCGAAUGCCUGAUCGGUUUCGUUGCAGAGACAACUAUCCAGUCGAUCAAACGAGCGGCGGAUGACUUUAUUUCGACUUGGUACUAUGAGGUGAGCAGGCUCUAA